UAGGAGGCAGAAUGUCAAAGCGUCCUAACAUGGAGAACGGUACACCAGCUACAUCCACAGGACGCAAACGGAGACUUGACAUGGGCCCACUGGGAAACACUCUUAAACCAACACGUGACUCCAUGAACCCGUACACCAAGCUGCCGUACACUGCCAAAUACCACAAACUGUUAGAUAAAAGAAUGGACCUGCCUGUUUGGGAACACAAGGCCAAGUUCAUGGAGCUGAUCACUAAUAACCAGGUUGUGGUGUUGGUGGGUGAGACCGGCUCAGGGAAAACAACUCAGAUCCCCCAGUGGUGUGUGGAUGUUCUACCCGAGUUAAACGGAAAGAAGCAGAACUCUGUAGCCUGUACCCAACCCAGGAGGGUAGCCGCUAUGAGCGUAGCUACACGUGUCGCUGAGGAAAUGGACGUUAAACUCGGAAAUGAGGUGGGCUACACGAUCAGGUUUGAAGAUGUGACAGGGCCCAACACGUGCCUUAAGUACAUGACUGAUGGUAUGUUGCUGAGGGAGGCUAUGACCAACCCAAUGCUGGAAGCUUACAAGGUAAUAAUGAUGGACGAAGCGCACGAACGGACUCUGGCGACUGAUAUACUGAUGGGAGUGCUGAAGGAAGUGAUCAAACGUAGACCUGACCUCAAAGUGGUUGUCAUGUCUGCUACACUGGAUGCUGGAAAAUUCCAGAAAUACUUUGAUAAGGCUCCUCUUAUGUCCAUCCCGGGACGUACACAUCCAGUAGAGAUAUUCUUCACACCUGAGCCGGAGAGAGAUUACCUUGAAGCUGCUAUACGUACAGUCCUGCAGAUCCACAUGUGCGAGGAAGAGGCCGGGGAUAUUCUGCUGUUUCUUACUGGGCAGAAGGAGAUAGAUGAAGCGUGUAAGCGUAUGAAGAAGGAAUUGGAUAACUUAGGAAAUGACGUAGGAAUGCUUACCUGUAUACCUCUGUACUCCACCCUCCCUCCUGCUAUGCAGCAGAAGAUAUUUGACCCUGCUCCGCCUCCACGUAACGGCAAGGUCGGCCGUAAGGUCGUUGUUGCAACCAACAUUGCUGAAACCUCCCUGACAAUAGACGGAGUCGUGUUCGUGAUUGAUCCUGGAUUUUCCAAGCAGAAGGUUUACAACCCCCGUAUCAGAGUUGAGUCCCUGCUGGUAACUGCUAUUUCUCAAGCUAGUGCGCAACAGCGCGCGGGUCGAGCUGGACGUACUCGUCCUGGCAAGUGUUUCAGACUGUACACUGAGAAGGCGUAUCAGAAGGAAAUGCAGCCGAAUACCUACCCGGAGAUCCUGAGGAGUAAUUUAGGGAGUGUUGUUCUGCAGCUGAAGAAGAUGGGUAUUGAUGAUCUGGUCCACUUCGACUUCAUGGACCCUCCCGCACCGGAAACCCUGAUGAGAGCUCUGGAGCUGUUGAACUACCUACAGGCUCUAAGUGAGGAAGGAGAAAUGACGGAUUUGGGCGGCAUGAUGGCAGAGUUCCCUCUGGACCCAUCCCUUUCCAAGAUGAGCAUCACUAGUACCGAAUACAACUGUUCUAACGAGAUUCUUAGCAUUGUUGCUAUGCUCAAUGUUCCACAGUGGUUCCUGCGGCCCAACGAGGCUAGGAAGCAGGCUGACGAGGCUAAGAGGAGGUUUGCUCACAUCGACGGAGAUCAUCUCACUAUGCUGAAUGUCUACCAUGCUUACAAACAAAAUAACGAGUCAAUGCAAUGGUGUUUUGAUAACUUUAUCCAGCAAAGAGCUUUGAAGCAAGCAGACAGCGUGAGAGAUCAGUUGUCCAGAAUUAUGGAUAGGUUCAACUUAAAACGGGUUUCUACAGACUUUACAAGCAAGGAAUACUACCUAAACAUCAGAAAAGCUCUUUGUACCGGCUUUUUCAUGCAGGUGGCACAUUUGGAAAGAACAGGUCACUACUUAACGGUUAAAGAUAAUCAGGUGGUUCAGCUUCAUCCCAGCGCAUGUUUAGAUCACAAGCCCCAAUGGGUGCUGUAUCACGAGUUCGUACUUACGAGCAAGAACUAUAUCAGAACAUGCACUGACAUCAGACCCGAUUGGUUACUGAAGAUCGCCCCCAAUUACUACAACCUGAAGAAUUUCCCGAAUUGUGAAGCUAAGCGCGAAUUGGAGAAACUAUACGAGAGGGUGGCAAGGGGCAUGAGGAAAUAGACUGACAUUUUGUCAUGCUUAUGAGCAAGUUAAUUAUUAUUGAAAAGUUAUAAUUUUCCUGCUACUAUUUUAAAAUACUCAAAAUGAUUUAUGUUGCUAUAUAAUGAGAAUUAUUGUAACUUUCAGAAAGGCAAAGUUAGAAGUUGGUUGCCAUGUUAAAAUAUUUAGCAUCAAGAUAUUAAUCCAACUCCUCGACUUAUAUCCCUUUAUUUUCAUGAAAUUGAUAUUUUCAACUUUGAUAUAUUGAUAGCAAGAGCUGGUCUUGGUCAUUUAAUUUAUUGCUUCCACUUGACAUAACUACAUUCUUAAAUACUGAUCAGUAGAUUGUGAUCUUCAACGAUUCAGAUAUUACGUAAUCACUGUUAUCCUCGGCCUCCCCCCUCCGUAAUCAAUCCUUUCCGUUUUUAAACUCUCCGGUUAUGCAUUGAAUGACCAUACGUGACAAUUAAAUUAAUAGGUGAUAUUUAAAAUCUAGAAUCCUUUUCAAUAGACUGGUUGUCUGAAGUAAAAACGAGUGUUAAUUUAAAUCACUUUUUAAAGAAACGGAGCUUAUCUGAUAGUAUUAGUAGCACCUAUUGUUAUUAAGAAUGAGCCGGGUUUUUUUCUGCUUUUGAUAAUAUGUGAUGUAAGGUUGAUUCUCAAUCUGAACUGGGAGACGAAACUUUUCCAUGAAAAUGGUACUUCGGAAACAGAAUACGUGGCCUCUUCAGCUUAAAACUGCUGUAUAUUAGUUCUCUGUUUGGAAUUUUAUUUUGAUUCA